UGCUUAGCCGACUACACGCCGGCGAGGACCCUGGCUGUAGCGUUGCUGGGCAAAGCUAAGUUGGGGCGCGGGGCCUAGGCAGAAGGCAGCGCGGCGACGCCGAAGGAGGCGCGCUGCUCCCGUCGUCGACUCCCCGCGCCUCUGGCCCGCUAUGGGGCUGGAAAUGGACCCGCUGCUGCACGCCUUGAGUUACUUCAGGCGGAGGAAGUUCCAGCUCUGCUCGGAUCUCUGCUCCCAGCUGCUGGAAAAGGAGCCCGGCGACCAGGCUGCUUGGUGCUUAAAAAUACGAGCAUUAACAGAAAUGGUUUACGUGGAUGAAAUUGAUGUGGAUCAGGAAGGCAUCGCCGAGAUGAUGCUUGACGAAAAUGCUAUUGCUCAAGUUGCACGACCUGGUACUUCACUGAAAAUCCCUGGAACUGGUCAGGGUGGAGGUCCUAGCCAAGCUGUGAGGCCGGUGACUCAGACAGGAAGACCCCUUACAGGAUUUGUGCGACCCAGUACACAGGGUGGACGACCAGGUACAAUUGAACAGGCCAUAAGGACUCCAAGGACCGCUCACACUGCCCGUCCCAUGACUAGUGCCUCAGGGCGAUAUGUCAGGAUUGGAACGGCCUCUAUGCUCACAAAUCCUGAUGGCCCAUUUAUAAACGUGUCUAAACUCAACUUAAAUAAUUAUGCUCAGAAACCAAAGUUGGCAAAGGCAUUGUUUGAAUACAUUUUUCACCAUGAGAAUGAUGUCAAGAACGCUUUAGAUUUGGCAGCAUAUGCCACGCAACACGCUCAGUUCAAGGACUGGUGGUGGAAAGUUCAAAUUGGGAAAUGUUAUUACAGGCUAGGAUUAUAUCGUGAAGCAGAAACACAAUUUAAAUCCGCUUUGAGACAACAGGAUAUGGUAGAUACAGUACUGUAUUUGGCAAAAGUGUAUUCCCGCUUAGACCAGCCUCUGACAGCUUUAAAUGUUUUCAAGCAAGGAUUAGAUCGGUUUCCUGGAGAAGUCUCCCUCAUUUGUGGUAUUGCCAGGAUCCAUGAGGAAAUGAACAACAUUUCUGCAGCUGCAGAGUGCUAUAAAGAUGUCUUAAAACAAGACAACACCCAUGUGGAAGCCAUUGCAUGCAUUGGAAGUAAUCACUUUUAUUCUGACCAGCCAGAGAUAGCAUUGCGGUUUUACAGACGGCUCCUGCAGAUGGGUAUUUAUAACAGCCAGCUCUUCAACAACCUGGGCCUCUGCUGUUUCUAUGCCCAGCAGUAUGACAUGAUUCUCAGCUCCUUUGAACGUGCCCUCUCUCUUGCUGAAAGCGAGGAGGAGGCUGCAGAUGUGUGGUACAACUUGGGACACGUAGCUGUGGGAAUAGGGGAUAUAAACUUGGCUUACCAGUGCUUCAAACUUACCUUGGCCAACAACAACGAUCAUGCAGAAGCUUACAAUAACUUGGCUGUGCUAGAGAUGCAGAAAGGCCGUGUAGAGCAGGCAAGAGUGUUUCUGCAGACUGCUGCACGGAUAGCACCUCAUAUGUAUGAGCCACACUUCAAUUUUGCUGUACUGUCUGAUAAGGCUGGAGAUAUCCAAAGGAGUUAUGCAGCCAGUCAGAAGUCUGAAGAAGCUUUUCCAGAGCACGUGGAUACGAAGCAACUAAUCAAGCAGUUAAAACAGCACUUUGCCAGACUUCGGUGAAACACCUUUGUCCCUCAAAGCUACUGACUUGUGCAGUUUUGCAGAGUAGAUGAGUUAAUACUUGAA